AUGGACUUCUCAGAACAAACCCAAUAUCAAGUCCAAUUCCAUGGAAAAAAAUUCAGUUCAAGUGACAGUCUUCAGCACCAUCUAAGAACCGACAGAGGGGAUAAACCCUUUGAGUGCUCAGAUUGUGGAAAGAGAUUCAGUCGGAGUUCCCAUCUUAAACAGCAUCUAAGAACCCACACAGGGGAGAAACCGUUUGAAUGCUCAGAGUGUGGAAAGAGAUUCAGUGACAGUUCAACUCUUCAACAGCACCGAAGAACCCACACAGGGGAGAAACCUUUGGAAUGCUCAGAGUGUGGGAAGAGAUUCAGUCGGCAUGGCAGUCUUCAACUACAUCGACGAACCCACACAGGGGAAAAACCUUUCGAAUGUUCUGAGUGUGGAAAGAGAUUCAAUCAGAGUAGCCAUCUUCAACAGCAUCAAAGAACCCACACAGGGGAGAAACCUUUUGAAUGCUCAGUGUGUAGAAAAAGAUUCAGGCACAGAGGUAAUCUUCAACUACAUCAAAGAAUCCACACAGGGGAGAAACCUUUUGAAUGCACAGAGUGUGGAAAGAGAUUCGGGCACAGAGGCACUCUUCAACUCCAUCAAAGAACCCAUACAGGGGAAAAACCUUUUGAAUGUUCUGAGUGUGGAAAGAGAUUCAAUCGUAGUGGCCAUCUUCAAGAGCAUCGAAGAACCCACACAGGGGAGAAACCUUUUGAAUGCUCAGUGUGUCGAAAGAGAUUUGGGCAGAGAGGAUAUCUUCAACUCCAUCAAAGAACCCAUACCGGGGAAAAACCUUUUGAAUGUUCUGAGUGUGGAAAGAGAUUCAAUCAGAGUAGCCAUCUUCAAGAGCAUCGAAGAACCCACACAGGGGAGAAACCUUUUGAAUGCUCAGACUGUGGAAAGAGAUUCAGUCAGAGUGGCAGUCUUCAACUGCAUCAAAGAACCCAUGCAGGGGAGAAACCUUUUGAAUGCUCAGACUGUGGAAAGAGAUUCAGUCAGAGUGGCAGUCUUCAACUGCAUCUAAGAACCCACACAGGGGAGAAACCUUUUGAAUGCUCAGAGUGUAGAAAGAGAUUUCGUUGGAAAGGCAGUCUUCAAGUGCACCUAAGAACUCACACAGGGGAGAAACCUUUUGAAUGCUCAACGUACUGGGUCCCUGUCAGGACCGGGCAGGCUCCUGGAUUUGUUUCUGAGAAGUAA